CUGGGCGGGUCUUGAUCUAACUGGGCAGGUCUUGAUCUAACUGGGCAGGUCUUGAUCUAACUGGGCAGGUCUUGAUCUAACUGGGCAGGUCUUGAUGUAACUGGGCAGGUCUUGAUCUAACUGGGCAGGUCUUGAUCUAACUGGGCAGGUCUUGAUGUAACUGGGCAGGUCUUGAUCUAACUGGGCAGGUCUUGAUCUGAAUGGACAGGUCUUGAUCUAACUGGGCAGGUCUUGAUCUAGCUGGGCAGGUCUUGAUCUGACUGGGUGGGUCUUGAUCUAACUGGGCAGGUCUUGAUCUAACUGGGCGGGCUGCCCAGGUUGAGCCUAUGAAUGGAAACGCUGCAGUUCUUUAUAUCUCUGUAACUUAACACAAAACAGAAGAAACGCUGAUGGUCGCCGUCUCCGUUUUCUCUACAACGUGUAUUUAACGAGCUGCUCAAACCAUUAAAAGAACGAUGAUGUGUGGAAACAAAUCACCAACAUUGUUGGUUCAUCGGUACGGUGGCUACAUCAGAAAACAGCUGUCCAAUCAGAGCGUAAGGUGAAUUUAAUGACCUCUGAAGUCAAAAACUAUUGAUUAGCUUCUAGAUUCGCAACGUCUGGAUUUCAAGCUGCGUGUGCUGUGAAACUGGAAACCAGCAGUGGGAGAUGGGGAGUCAACAGAGAGUCAACAGUUACGAAAGGAAAGAAGACAUUUAAACCCUCAACUCUUUAAACACUUUCACUUCAGCACCAAACAGCAUUUAAACUUAGUUUUUAUUUGAACUCCUUUAAUCUCAGUUUGAUGCUUUCAGUGUUUCAUGUGUUUCUACAGCAGUUUGAUUCUGUCUCUGAUUUAAAGCUUAAUGAAAAUAAGGAUGAAACUUAUAUGAAAAAAGGUUUUUCACAAACACUGAACCCAGUCACAAGGAGGGGGCGGGGCCUCACAGUGAGGGGCGGGGCCUCAGCGAGCAGCGGGAGGUACAGAGAUUACUGAUUACCGAGAUAUGGAAACUGUCAAAGGUCACAGAGGACAACACGGCGGUCGAAACAAAGACAGUCUGAGAAAAUACCAACAACCAGCUGCACGAGCCAGAAGCUGGACAGGUGGAAGAAAGAAAGAAAGAAAGAAAGAAAGAAAGGAAGAAAGAAAGGAAGGAAGGAAGGAAGGAAGGAAGGAAGGAAGGAAGGAAGGAAGGAAGGAAGGUCCUGACCUCUGUGAAACAAACUGAAGUGACACGUUUACCGGAGCUGAGGAGGAAGAGUUAACCAGGAACUAAACACACACACAAACACCCGUGCAGCCAUGCUGGGACGAACUGGAACCUUCAGCGGACGUUGCAGGUUCGAGCUCCAGCAGUGCCGCUCUCUCUCGUCCCCCCCGCCCCCCCCCUCUCACCCUGAGCUCCAUGGACUCCAUUACCCAGCAGCCAGCGGGAGCAGGAAGUACAGGAUGGGGCAGGAGGCGGGACAGAUCAGCUCAGCUCAGAUCAACCGCAUCUUAAAGGCCAACGAGUACAGUCACACCUUCCCCAGAGGCCCCGCCUCCCACGGUGUCCUUGGUUUCCAUAGCAACGUGUUGCCGUCCAACCACCCCGGUGAGGACCGUCGCAGCAGCGCCACCUGCCUGCCGGGCCGUGGCGGCGUGCUGUUCGGCGUGUUUGACGGGCACGCGGGCGCAGCGUGCGCGCACGCCGUCAGCCAGAGGCUGUUCUACUACAUCGCGGUAGCGGCGCUGCCGCUCCGGACGCUGGCGGAGCUGGAGCGGGCGGUGGAGGAGGAACGGGCCGUACCGCCGCUACUGGAGUGGCACAAACAUCCCCAAGACCACAGCUGCCCCGACGGAGGAGCGACCUCCUUCCACAGCCUCCGAAACUACUGGCAGGAGAGGCUGGAGGGGGAGGAUGAGGAGGACGAGGAAGAUGACCAGGAUGGCGGCAGGUUGAGUUCAGCGCUGGUCAACGCUUUCCGUCGCCUCGACUACGACCUGUCUGUGGAGGCCCAGGUCCACCUGUCCGCAUCCUCAUCCAGACGGGUGUCCCUCCCCGGGGAGGCGUCCUCCCCCCUGCGGGUGGCGCUGUCCGGCUGCACGGCCUGCGUCGCCCACGUCUCCAACGGCGUCCUGCACGUGGCCAACCUGGGAGACAGCCGGGCCGUGCUGGGCGUCCAGGAUCCGGACGGGCGCUGGUCGGCGGUCAGCCUCACCAACGACCACAACGCACAGAACCCCGACGAGCUGCAAAGGAUUCUGGGAGAGCACCCGCCGUCGGAGCGCAGGACGGCGGUCCGCCACGACCGCCUGCUGGGUCUGCUGCUGCCCUUCAGGGCGUUCGGCGACGUCCGCUUCAAAUGGAGCGCAGAGAUGCUGAGUCAAAUCUACGAAACCCGACCGGACGUCCUGUCUGUGGUCAACGAGGCGGCCCGCACGCUCCCACCGCACUACCUGACCCCGCCGUACCUGAGCGCCCGGCCGGAGGUCACCCGACACCACAUCACACCCUCUGACAAGUUCCUGGUCCUGGCGACCGACGGACUCUGGGAGCUGAUGCACCGGCAGACGGUCGUCCAGCUGGUUGGAGAACAACUGACAGGUCUUCAGCAGCAGAGACCCAUAAUUCCCGGCGUGGGAGUGACGCUGGGCGGCCUGCAGCGCCUCCUGCUGGAGAGGAAGGGGCGGGUUCUGUCAGUGCUGGAGGACCUGAACGCCGCCACCCACCUGCUUCGCCACGCCCUGGGGGACGACGGGUACGGAGCGGUGGCGCUGAACCGCCUGACCAAGAUGCUGAGCCUGCCGGCAGACCUGGCCAGGAGGUACCGCGAUGACAUCACCGUCACCGUCGUCCACCUGAACGAGCCCGACCUUUGAUCCGAUCACCUGCAGGUCACCUGGUCGUUAACCGGCCGGCUGACGAAUCAUUCACUUGUUGUUGUUUUUACUCCGUCUGUUGCUCUUUGUCUCCUGAGUUUUAAAUAAACAGAAACGUCAUAAAAUACA